GGCUGAUGAAGCAGUAUAGCAGGGGGGUUUGUUCAGUAAAGUGUUUGAGCCAGCUACAGCUGAAUUUCAGAACAAAAUGGCUGUACUUAAUGAACAUUCCUUAAGGAUUUGUCUCAAACAACCCUGUUUCCAUGUCCAGAGACUUGACUAGCCAGCUGUUUCCCCCUGGCUAUCAAAGGUCUGGCAAACCUGACAGCAGCUCCCCUCUACCAGCCCUGUCCUACCCCAGCUCUAGGGAUCAUGUCCAGCUCCCUGGCUCUCAGAAUCCCAGUGAGAAGCUAAGCUCCAGCCAGUCAUCUCUCAGACCAGCUGGCUCCACCAACCUUGGCAUGGGAAAUGCAGGGCCUGUCUCUAAAAGCUACCCCUCUUCCUCAGACAAUAGCUAUCACUGGAGAAUCCCAGCAGCCAGCCGAGUAGCUCUGGGCUUUUACAUGGUAAAGGGCCUUCUAACUCUUACCAGGCUAGCAGUCAAUCAGGUUUUGAAGAACCUAGCAGUUGGUAUGGGCCUGUGCGUUAUGAGGGCAGUGAUGCUUCUAUGGCUUUCAGUGGUCAUGACCAUAUCUAUGGUAUGGGUAGUGAGUUUGACAAUUUUCCUUCAUCCCAGGAUGAAGGCUAUGGUGGUCUGUAUGUUUCCUAGGGUGAAGGCUACAAUUCCCCUCAGCGUAGUGCAUAUGACAGUGAGACAAGACUGCUCGAAGGCAAUUUCUAUGGCUCAAAUGUUGGCAGCAGCUACUCAGGAGCUGAGAAAGGGCAAGAUGGUGGCUUUGCAGCCACUGAUGCAAGUGAGUACAGCAGUGUGGGUUUUCAUGAAGUCCCUGAUAUGUCAAGUUUUGAAAGCACUGGACACUCUAACUAUGGUUCUGUGGAUGGAAGCAGUGGCUAUGUCAUUGAGGUCACUAGCGAAGGGGACUGGGAGGAGAGCCCUGAGCCAGUUUUUAGUGAUGUGUCUGAUCUGGAGCCAGUCUCCUCAUUCAGCUCUCGCUCAAGCUACCAACGAGGAAGAGCUGUCUUCUCCCAAACUACUUACACGCCUGGAGAGGUCCAGUCACCGUAUCACAUGGCAGUCGACACCAGCAGUGCGAGUCCAAAACAACCUGCUAAAGGUGGCUACUAAGGAUAAGACAGGUCCAACAUUCAGCUCUGGCCUGAGAUCACUAUCUGCUAUUGACUUGGAAUAAAGUUCUCUCCUUCACGUGUG